AUAGGCGCUCCCCCGGACCAGCUGAGAUGCAUCUGCUCCCCCUCUUCGUCUUCGCCUUCUCCUCCCCCAUCUCGUUUGAUUUUUCCUCGCGCAGGCGGCAGGCUAUAAAUAAAUUCGAGCCAGCCUCUGCAGAGCUCGAUCUCCCGCUCUCUCCUCUCUACCCGAGGCGUGCGGUGCCUCAGAUUUUUCCUCUGUUUGCAGCGAAUUUGCGGGAGAGCUGUUCCGUCUCCGUCUGAAUCUCGAGAAAUAUCUUGGGCUCUCCGGUUUUAUUUCUCCGCCGUUUCCUUGAUUUUCUCUGUGUGCGGGGGGUUCUUGGCCCUCGCGGCGAAGAUAUCAUCCAGCUCUUUGCGCGCUUCUCUCCCGAUCUUUUGUUGAUUUUUAUGGGUUUGAAUUGAUUGCUCCUUCGCCCUCGGAAGUUUCCUGGGUUGAUAAUAUAAUAUCCAACCGGAUAGGCACUUUCCCCAUCUCCAUUUGGGUUGUUUCCUCUUUGAGAAAGGGUAGCGGAGAGCGAUCCGGGCCGUUGCAAUUUCCUCACCUCAUCGGUUACCCUGGUUCUUGAUCCGAUGGGGGAUGUGUCGUUGAACCCCCAGCCAUUGAUCAACGACGAGCCACUGACCCUGCCCGCUACUGCUGCCAAGGACAACCAAGUUCGAGACUUGAUGUCAUCCGGAUGGACAAACGAGCGGCACAGUUCCUACAUAAGCUUCAUGGAGGCAUCCUUCGUGGACCAACUAUAUGGACAUCAGAACCAUGGGCAUGAUGUGAAUAAGAGACAUCUGGGUGACAAUGGGUUCAAGGUGAUCCAAGAGGGUGUAUGUAAGAAUAUCAAGUUUGAGAGGAACCACCCUCACCAUGAUGCCAGAAUAAACUGCCUGCCUGAGAAUCCAUUGGUCAGGCGUUUCAGGCCACGCAGUACUGGUUCAAGUCGCCGUGAUGAUUGUUUCGAAGCUAUGGCGGAGGAUUACGGGUCAGGUACAGAUACGGUCCGAGAGAAGGUCCGGAUGCAUGGAAGAGAAGUGAGGACUUGUGCCAGACAAAAUCUUAUUGGUAAAAGCAAAGAAGUAUCUGAUCAAAAUUUUCCUGAUGAGGAGGUUGAAGCCAGUAAUGAACCAUCCAAGAAACAGAGGCCUACAUCAUCCAGUUCUAAAUCAAAUGAUCAGGGAACGUAAUAGGAUCGAUGAUCCUGAUCUGUUGUAAGUAAUGGAAGUUUGUUUUUCGUCUGAAAAAUCACAUGCUGCUACAAAAAGGUGGUGGCAUCCAAGGUGCUCCGAAACCUGAAGGAUGGCAUGGAAUACUUAUUCUGGGAUCGUUCUGAAACUCUCUGUUAGGUCGUGCUGGCAGUUUGAAGUUUUCUUUGGGUGCAAACUGAAUUAUAUCCUGUGUUAGCUCUCGACAGUGGUUUAUUUGCGGUGUGAAAGACUGCAUUCAUAGGAUGUUUCUUCACUCCUUGGGUGUAUUACCUGAUGUUUGUUAAAUCAAUUUUUUUUUUUGCGCUCUUCGAGCAAAUUCGUUUGGAGAAUUCGAGCAGCUACUGUCUGCAAAGUUUAUGUUAACAUUGAUGCCUUUCACGGCAUUGAAAACGUUUUGAAAUGUU